CACAUGGCUCCCUCGGUCACAUGACUGUGAUGUCCCCUCCCCCUCCAGCCUGUGUUUCAGGAAGCUGGUGGUCUGUGCGGCUCCAUGUGGUCCUACUGGGGAUGCAGCGCGGUGGCCGGCCUCCUGGGGGCGCUGUCAGCAUGCUCUGCCAAACUAGCGCUGGGGGCGGACUACCUGAGAGAGAUGUGCGGGGCGUACACCGGGGAGCGGGCUGAGUUCUGUGAUUGGAUCCACCUAGUGCUUCGCCUUUGCUGUAUAGGACUUGUGUUUCUGUGCAAUGCUGCUAUGUGGACAUUCUUUGCUAAAGCAUUAAGAUUCUCCUCCUCAUCAGCUGCUGCAACUGUAACAACAACUGCCUCAAAUUUUAUUUCAUCUGCCUUUCUUGGCAAAGUGCUGUUUGGAGAGUCCCGUGCUUUUCUCUGGUGGGUUGGAAUUUCGAUCACUCUCUGUGGACUGAUUUUACUGCACACGUAUUUACCACAAGCAGCAGAGCCUGCAAAAAAGAAGAGUUAGAAGAGGUCAUCGUUUGGUUGAUCGGUUUUACACGGGUGCUUAUUGUAUUAGUGUAUUUCUACUUGGUCUCUAUGUCCUCUGUUUACCUGUACAUUAGGAGAAAUACAUAUGCAGUUACAACUACACAAACCAUUAGACUUGUGGCAGUGGGGUGUUAAAAAACGCAUGUUUUUUUUGUGCCCCUCUAACUGCCACCCUUAAGGUGCAAACGCGGUGGACUGGGGUGUUCAUAUGACGCAGUUGCAACUCUUUGAUUUACACCCACAGCAAAAAUAAUUUCUCCUGUCACAGCCACUAAACGCAACCCAUGCAAGUGAAUGGGGAUGUACCACAAGCAUCUCACAACCGAAUGCAAUUAAUAUGGUUGUGGUGCUCGGUGCAGCAUUUAUGGGACUCAAACAGGUCUCAUAUUGUGGAUCACUUUUCAGAGACAUGGCAGGUUAGAUGCAAGUCUAAACUUAUAGUCUGAAUCCACCUAAAAACUGUCACUCUUCAGUGCCAAUGGAUGUGUAUAUGUGUGGCUUCAGAGUGGGGAACGUCUUGGCCGCUUACCAUUGGUUCUGUACAGGGACAGCUUUCUGGUGGGAUAACGCAAGUGGGUUUAAACACGCCUCAUACCUACCUACCUAUCAUUUUUUUGACCAGGUGCAAAGAGAAAUAGUCGGUACUUAUGGCUAUGGGUAGUAAUCCUUUAUUGUUCUGCUCAUGUGAUAGCACUGGUGAUUGGUGAUAAACCAUUCUGGCAGAAAGUGCUGUCACACUAGUGGGGAGAGAGUCCUGAGCUUUCACAGGUUUUUUCCCUUAAUGCCCACAUCCCUAGAUUUAGAUAGAGUCUAGAAGGAUUAGAACCCCUGUCAGGUUUUUACUGCUAUCUGGGGCUCCGUUAGAGAGAUUUACAUUCACACAUACAUGCCAAACUGACAGCAUUUUAUCACAAAAAUUAAAUGAAGAAAAAUCUGCAACAGCAACAUAGAUAGAAAUUAAAAAAAAAAAAUUCUUUAGGAGGGAAGGCCAGAAUCCCUGUCAGAUUGUUAUCUCUGGAACAAGUAAAAAUCGUGAACUAGAUCAGAAAUGUAAGUAGAUCAAUCAGAUUCAGAUAAGACAGGCUCUGGUAAGCCUGCUCUCAACAAAAGCUUGCAGCCCAAAAGGAAGGCCAACACAUAAGGUCUGAGAGUCCAAAAGCUUUUGAUAUUGAUCUUUGUUCACAAAGAGGCUACACGGAAUGCGUUGGCUGUUCUGUGUUGUGUUCUUUGUGAGCAAAUCACAAUAUCAAAAGCUUUUGGACUCUGUGACCUUUUUUUUUGAGACUCUCAUUAGACUUUGACCACAAGCUUUUAGUUUCUGUCUGUUUCCCGGUUUUAGAUUUUCCCUCACCUUUCGAGUGAAACCACUGUCAGCAGGACAGGAAGUGACGUUAUAUCUCAAUGGAGUCCUGGAUAGAAAUAAUAAAAA